CUUUGACAUAUUCCGAUAUCCGCAGAUCAUACAGCAAGGCUUCGGCGAUUUUCUCUCGGCAGAGAAGUCUCAGGUGCAAGCUUACCAGAUGUCAUAAAGAAAACGUAGAACCACCACGCUGGUAUGCGCGAAGCCGCCAUCGGGGCCGUCUCUAGCCAUCCUUUUUACUCGCCUGUGCCCUCAGCACAGGCUUAGACUCGGAUUGCGUCUUACCGUCCACUCUUGAAAUCAUUCGGGCGAUAUUGGGCAUCAAUCAUGCUUUGUCAGGCGUGCCAGGACUCGAUCCGAAAGCUUUGGGCGGCUAGACCUAACGAGCCACGGAUCGUUGACGAGCCUCCAGAACUUCGCAUAUUACGCAUAUUUGAGCUAGAACCGUCACCCUUAUGGCCCAUGGGUUUCUCAUGUAGGGAAACACCGCAUCACACCAAGGUCAACGAUCUCCACAGCGCGUCAAGGAACGGCUGUCCAGUAUGCUCCAACUUUUGGGACAAUCGUGCAUCAAAAUCGGAAAACUCGCUCCCGACGACCCGACACUCUAAAAGCUGUCGCUUUACCUACAUGGAACUCAACUAUACUGGCCCACGUAUACGUCUCACGUUUGGCUGUUUUGAGGGACAUGUUCACUCAGGUAAAGAGCCUUGCUAUACCCUAAAUGAGGCCGGACAAGAGGUCCCCGUUUCCAGAAAACGGCCUGUUACUGCAACGUGGUUUAUUUUACCUAACAAUGUUUAUCAUGCUACGAGGGUGCUUCAAGGAGCAAAUACCGGCGCUGGCGGAGCAUUGGAACUUGCGAAGUCUUGGCUACAGGAUUGUAAGAGCCACCACACGAGGUGUGGACAUCCGCGAAAGCCCACCUUCUUUCCUACGAGACUACUAGAUCUCCAGGCUUGUGAAGUCUCUUUCGAAUCUCACGUCAAGCUUGUCCUUACUUCAUCGGAGCAUAUAGUGGGCCCCUACAACACUUUAAGCCAUUGUUGGGGGAGAGAGCCGUUUCUCUGCCUCCUCGAUUCUAACCUUGAUGAACUCAGACGCAGAGGCAUCGAAAUUCGGCUCUUGACUAAGACUUUUCAAGAAGCUAUCGAGGUCACCCGUAGACUAGGUGUCCGGUAUUUAUGGAUUGAUUCCCUCUGCAUCGUGCAGAGGAGUGAGACUGAUUGGUUGUCCGAGUCCAAGGUUAUGGACGAGGUGUAUGCGAAUGGAUAUUGCAAUAUCUCCGCACUCGACUCCAGCGAAGGUUGUCAAGGUCUUUUCCGCGAUCGAAACCCAGCCUCAUCAGUACUGGACAUCGUCCACAUGGCGGAAGGAGACAUAAUCGUAGUUCCAGAGAACUAUGGGCGACGCCAGAUUGAUGAAUCACCAGCUUCCAGGAGGGCUUGGAUUUGUCAAGAGAGACGUCUGAGUCCCCGUACGCUACAUUUUUCAACUCACGAGCUCAUGUGGGAGUGCUGUAGUGGGUUCAGAUCCGAAAUGUUCCCCAAACUGACCCUGCAUCGCUCAUCGCCUAACAAUAUGCUACUCUCCGAGGUCUUCUCGACGGCCAAGGAUCUUGCACUUCACAAAAGCCGGAAUUGGGGCACAUGGCGACCCAAGUGUCGACUGUACGAAUACCUUUGGUCAUAUGUGUCACGCUAUACGAGAUUCCAAAUUUUCCAACCAAAAGAGGACCCCGUCUACCUGCAAUGGUGGGCACUCCAAGAAGCUGACUCUCGAGCUGACAUUACCUAUCUCGGUGAUAAGGCCCUAGGUAUUGCGGGACUCGCAAAAAGAUUUGAGCCUCUAAUGGGAGAUGUCUACAGAGCCGGGAUAUGGCAGAGACGAAUCCGAUCAGAGCUGUUGUGGGAAGCAAAGCCCAAUGCCGCCUCCCAAGGGAGCGUCGUCCAGCAUCAACGUACCCAUCCUUCGCCGAGCUUUUCGUGGCUUUCAGUCUCGUUUCCCGUCGUGAGACAUACGUUUGGUUCAGACACCAGAAAGAUAUUUCGCGUCCAGCGAUUUGACAUGGAGUUUGUGACGGAUGACCAGACGGGUUUUGUCAAGAAUGCGGUCUUAACAUUACGAGCCCGAAUGAUCCGCAUUCACCUCAAGCAAGUUCGCGAUACAUUUCGUUCCGUCCAGAACGAUUGGGCGCAAAGAUUUCGACUUUCCGCUCCCGUUGAUCCAGACCGGAUUCAAGUACUUUCUCCUCCUGAUGGUUACAGGAAUUACGCAAAGCGAUCCAGCUUUCGGUUUGGUUGUUGAGCUGAGCAACACUUCGGAUACUACAUUCCGAAGAGUUGGAUAUACAAGUUUUGGUAGCGGCGAUACCGAGAAGUUCCGUAACAUUCGAGUAGAAGAGGCCUCCUAUCCUUGCGACAAAUGUAAUCUUGCAACGGGUAGACAUUUGAUUAGACUUAUAUAAUUUGCUACGGGUUUAUAAUCAACCAUUUGAGUGACUCUG